AUGCUCUCGACGAACUUAUUGAUUGUUUCUGGUUUGUUUCCCGCUAAACCCCUCUUCAUUCUCCUGCCCUUUCAGUUCUGAUUCCUCUCGCAGUCUCCGUUCCGACUGCUUCCAUUUCUGCACACGUUCUUGACAUCUCCGGCGGGUCUCCAGCUGGUGGCGUCCAAAUUCUCGCGUAUAUUCAACAGAAUGAUGCGUGGAACAAGAUAGGCAGCCAGUGAGUCCGUGGAAUGUUUUCCAGACGGCGGAAUUCUCUGCUCAGAUUCACCCAGGACAACGGCCGAGUCGAUUGGGUUUCCCCGGACUUUGCCCUCAUUCCCGGAACUUACCGACUUGUGUACUUGACGAAACCGUACUAUUCUGCCAAGGGAAUCGAGACGUUCUACCCGUACGUGGAAGUCGUUUUCGAGAUCCGCGACGCCACUCAGCACUACCACGUGCCGCUGACUCUCAGUCCGUGGGGAUACUCCACCUACCGCGGAUCAUAA